CUACCGCUGUAGUACUCAGUCUGUCCCACUGAGCUGUCAACACACAGCAACCCUCCACUCUGCCUCUGUUGCGACAACAUUUUUCUAUUAAACUUAGUCCGUUUUCCUCUUCAACGACGUUUUCCUUCAGAUAACAUCUACUCUCGUCUCACUAUGACUCGAAGGUGAUCUUCAGAGUGUCCAGGUGGUUCUGGGGUUCCAGGUUGGUGUGGUGAGAGAGCAAGCUAACUACGGGGAGGAGGACCGCCUGGGGCAUCGUGUCCCUGGCUUUCAAGUGACUAAGGGAGGGGCUCGGCAAACUGUUCUGCAGCAUGGAGAAGGAAGACCUGAAGGUCCUCAACAAAGGGGAAGAGGAGGAGAUGGAGCUGCAGGGCUACCGUCUGUGUCGUUGGCGGCUGGCCCUCGUGGGCCUCGGGGUGCUGUGUACAGGGGGCUUCCUCCUCCUGCUGCUCUACUGGAUGCCAGAGUGGUGCGUUAAAGCCACCUGCACCCGUACCACAGCCCGCGAUGCCGAAGUGGUAUUGCUGCGCUCCACGGAUGAGUUCCGGCGCUGGUUCCUGGCCAGGGUGCGAGUGAUGCUGGCCCCGGGGAGCAACCCCUUCCACAGCCUGGAGACCCAGACCACCUCCCCCUCCUCCCCUUCCUCUCCCUCCUGCCCCUUCUCCUCCCCCCCUUUGGCCAACGGACAUACCCCCCACCCCUCCGAUGGCAGCCCCGCUCAGGAGCUCAUCAGAAGAUAUGCCGACUACCAGCCCACACAGAUUCGCUAUUUUACCUUCCAUAGCACAAAGUAUUAUUGGAACGACGGAUUGCAGAACUUUGAAGUUUUAAACGGCCUGGAGGAUCUGCAGGUCAGCUGCUCCACCAUCCACUCGGAGCACAGUGCAGGCCUGACUAGGAACCAGCAGGAGUACAGGAGACUGUUCUUCGGAGUGAAUGAAAUUGCAGUGAAAGUGCCUUCUGUUUUCAAGCUGCUUAUCAAAGAGGUCCUCAACCCUUUCUACAUCUUCCAGCUCUUCAGUGUGAUCCUGUGGAGUGCCGAUGAGUAUUACUAUUAUGCUGUGGCCAUUCUUUUCAUGUCGGUCAUAUCCAUAGCUACCUCUCUGUACACCAUCAAAAAGCAAUACGUCAUGCUUCACGAUAUGGUGGCAGCUCACAGUAUUGUCCGUGUGUCUGUAUGCCGAGCCAACAAUGAUAUUGACGAGAUUUUGUCGACUGAUCUGGUGCCCGGAGAUGUGAUGGUCAUCCCCAGCAAUGGGACCAUCAUGCCAUGUGAUGCCGUGCUGGUCAGCGGCACCUGCAUCGUCAAUGAAAGCAUGCUCACAGGUGAGAGCGUUCCUGUGACAAAGACCAACCUCCCCAAUCCAUUGCCUGGGGAGAGGGGGGGGGAGGCUGACAGUGCCUACAACACAGAUGAGCAUAAGAGACACACGCUCUUCUGUGGCACCCAAGUCAUCCAGACCCGCUUCUACACAGGCGAACUGGUCAAAGCUGUAGUGGUCCGCACAGGUUUCAGCACAGCCAAAGGCCAACUGGUGCGCUCCAUCCUUUAUCCAAAACCCACCGACUUCAAGCUGUACCGUGAUGCCUACCUCUUCCUGCUGUGUCUGGUGGCUGUGGCUGGAAUUGGCUUCGUCUACUCCAUCGUCCUCAGCAUCAUGAACGAGGUGCCAGCUAAGACCAUCAUUAUUGAGUCCCUGGACAUCAUCACCAUCACUGUGCCACCGGCGCUGCCAGCCGCCAUGACAGCUGGUAUUGUGUAUGCCCAGCGACGCCUCAAACACCUUGGCAUUUUCUGUAUCAGUCCACAAAGGAUCAAUAUCUGCGGUCAAAUCAAUCUGGUCUGCUUUGACAAGACUGGAACUCUGACAGAAGAUGGGUUAGACCUGUGGGGAGUCCAGAGGGUUGAGAAUGGCAGUUUCCAUCUGUCAGAGGAAAAUGCGUACAAGCAAAAUCUCGUCAAGUCCCAGUUUGUGGCUUGUAUGGCCACCUGCCACUCUCUCACCAAAAUAGAGGGCCAGCUGUCUGGAGACCCGUUGGACCUCAAAAUGUUUGAGGCUACAGGCUGGAUCCUGGAGGAGGCCACUGAGGAGGAAACAUCUCUCCACAACCGUAUCAUGCCCACUGUGGUUCGACCCCCAAAACAGCUGUUGCCCACAGAGCCUGCUGUAUCAGCAGAGCAGGACAUGGAACUGUAUGAGCUCUCGUCAGCGUAUGAGAUAGGUAUCGUGCGCCAGUUUCCCUUUUCCUCAGCACUCCAGAGGAUGUGUGUGGUGGCUCGUCUGCUGGGGGAGAAACGUAUGGAUGCUUACGUGAAGGGGGCGCCGGAGGUGGUGACAAGUCUCUGCAAGAAAGAGACAGUGCCAGUAAACUUUGCAGAGGUUUUGGAGGGCUACACCAAGCAGGGUUUCAGGGUCAUAGCUCUGGCUCAUCGUCGACUUGAAUCUAAACUUACCUGGCACAAAGUCCAAAACAUCAACAGGGAUCACAUCGAGGCAAACAUGGAGUUCCUGGGUCUGAUCAUCAUGCAGAACAAGCUGAAGGCAGAAACUCCAGGGGUGCUGCAGGACCUCUGCCAAGCCAACAUUCGCACUGUCAUGGUUACUGGUGACAACAUGCUGACUGCUAUCUCUGUGGCCCGGGACUGUGGAAUGAUCCCUCCAAAAGACACAGUCAUCAUCGCUGAUGCCCACCCUCCCUAUGAUGGACAAGCCGCCAAGAUCACCUGGAGAUACGCCGACAGGCCAAACAAGACAUCUCGCCUGGAGGAAGUAAACAUCAGUCUUGAGGAUGUGUGUCACGUAGAUGAGCCCAAAACACAGGAAAUGUACCACUUUGCUAUGAACGGAAAGUCAUUUGGUGUCAUCGCCGAGCAUUUCCCUGACAUGCUUCAAAAGCUGGUGCUGCAUGGCACAGUGUUUGCCCGAAUGGCCCCAGACCAGAAAACCCAGCUCAUUGAGGCGCUGCAGGGCGUAGACUACUUUGUGGGGAUGUGUGGAGACGGCGCUAACGAUUGUGGGGCUCUGAAGAGGGCUCAUGGUGGCAUCUCUCUGUCAGAGCUCGAGGCCUCUGUAGCCUCUCCCUUCACCUCCAGGACUCCGAACAUCUCCUGUGUCCCCAACCUCAUCAGGGAGGGACGUGCUGCUCUCAUCACCUCCUUUUGUGUGUUCAAGUUUAUGGCCCUCUACAGCAUCAUCCAGUACAUCAGUGUCACUCUGCUCUACUCUAUCCUCAGUAACCUUGGAGAUUUCCAGUUCCUCUUCAUUGAUAUCGCCAUCAUCCUCCUUAUUGUCUUCACCAUGAGUCUGAACCCAGCGUGGAAAGAACUGGUGUCACGUCGUCCCCCAUCAGGUCUGAUCUCAGGGCCUCUGCUGUUCUCUGUGCUGACCCAGAUCCUCAUCUGCUUGGGCUUCCAGACAGUCACAUUCCUUUGGGUCCGACAGCAGCCCUGGUACUCGGUCUGGACACCACUGACAGAUGCCUGCAACGAGUCAUCACAUAUUAAUGUAUCGGACCACAACGAAACAGAACUGGACGACCACAACAUCCAAAACUUCGAGAACACCAGCCUCUUUUAUGUCUCCUCCUUCCAGUAUCUCAUCGUUGCCAUCGUUUUCUCAAAGGGCAAACCUUUCAGGCAGCCCAGCUACAAGAAUUGGCCUUUUGUGCUGUCUGCCUUGAGUUUGUAUAUUUUCCUGCUGUUCAUCAUGUUCUACCCUAUCAAAGAUAUCGAUGAGUUUUUCGAGAUUGUUUGUGUCCCGUAUGACUGGCGGUUUAAACUCUUCCUCAUCAUCUUGGUAAAUUCUGCUGUGUCUGUUUUGGUGGAGACCUUCAUCCUUGACAUCGUCUUAUGGAAGCUUGUGUUCAGCCGAGACAAACAGGGCAGCUUUGGCGUCACUCCUGUCGCCCCGACACCACAGGGGUUUAUUGACCUGCAGGCAUACAAGUGUCUGACCCGGCUGUGCUGCCCAGGCAAGAUGACACCCAAGGCUCGCUACAUGCAUCUGGCCCAGGAGCUAAGUGUGGACCCUGACUGGCCGCCAAAGCCGACUACCACCACUGAAGCUAAGAUCCGCCCAGAAAAUGGUUCCACCUAUCAAAUCAUGGCCAACUCCUAGCACCCCCACGCCCCCCUCACAGUGUCUAAUCUGUCCCUUUCAUACAGGAGGUGUGCAUAUGAUGUGUUCAUUGAACGCACAUUCAACCGAUUCAAAUGAAAUUUUCACAGUUUAAUUGCUUGUCGUUACGGUUCACAGAGACUUGCGUCUAAUACUGUAGUUCAGAGACGUUGCUGCAAAAACCUUAAGAUUACACAUGAGUACCAAAUAAAGUUAAGUUUCAGUUCUCUCAGCACUCUUGCGCUCUUCGACUCAACCACUCGUGCACACUCAGGUCUCACUAGCUCUUUGAAUAUAUUUAAACAUCAGUAACAGUAAAUGUUAUUCCCAUUCUUUGCUGCGAUAUCGUUUCCCUAAAGCUGAGCAGCAUUUAACCAGGCUGGGAGGAGGGGGUGAUCAGUCAGGUCGAAUACGAGCGUUCACCUCUUUAGAUUGACUGCAAAUGCAGAUUUAAUCCCCUCACUUUGUCUGAGUCCCACUCCACUUCAGAGCUAGCUUCAGACUUACACGUGCACUCAGAGAUGUCAGGUUAGAGCAUCUUCAGAUUUCAUUCACAACCGCAGUACCAGAUGUUUAUUUCAGAUAAAGAGUAAAAUAGCAUAUUAUCACACCUGAGCCUUUCAGAAUGAUCACUGAAAGGAAAAAUUACAGUGUAGGAUGAAACCGCUGUUAGCCUAAAAGAGGGGUUGUACUAUGGCCCUCUAAAGUACGGCCCACACUUAUUUCAACGAUGAGUAAGACUGAUAAAGAAGGAGUCUGGACGAGCUUGAGCAAGAGGGUGGAAAAAAGAGAUUUCACUGACCAGCUCUGUACUAGCUAAUCAUACAAUUUUUAAAAGCAGCAAGUUGUAUUUCUGUGCAGCCAACCUCAAUUUUAGGACGUUUGCACACUAACUUGUUUGACAGGUCUAACCUGAUUGCUACUAUGUAGUGGUCUCAUACCGCUAAUGCACAUAUAUCAAGCGUCAUGUUAACGAACUAGCAUUACCAUCUGGUAAGCACUCAUUAUGAAGCAUAGAUUCAUAACCAAAAAGAAAAGCUUUAAAGCUUACCAUGGACCCCCAGGGAUGAAUGAAAUUACUAAUUUGACACCAGUAUUCAAGAAGUCUUUCAAGCACACUGUGAGAUGUAUAAGACUGGGGAUCCUGGAACAGCUUCAGUCAACUUGUUCACCAUUGACAGAAGUUCAUACGCACAUUUACAAGUAAACACACACAAAAAAAUAGGCUCACUGGCUAUCAAGAGCCAAUGAUACAGGUCUGGAAAAGUAAACCGGCCUGUCCAGAUUUUGUAAAGUUUGGAAAAUGCACAUACGUCUGAAAAUAUUCACUUUUUUCAGAGGUGACGGAACAAAGUAAAAGUAUUAGUAAACCUGCUGUCACCAGCCAUAAUGUGGCAUGGCAUCUGGAAAUCUUACUUUUGUUCCCGAUCACUUUUAAUUUAAACCCUCAGAAUUUCAGAAAAUUAUAUGUUGCUGUUUUAAGCAGGCAAGGUAGGUUUAGGGAAAGUGUGCUUUUCAAAUUUCAAGCCUUAAUUACCAAAUACAGUACGUUAAACAUCAGACUGAUAAUUGAAACUACCAAGUGACGAACCUCAGAAAUUAAUCUGAGGUUGCAUUUUCUUAAUGAACUUGGCCCAACAUUUCGUACACAGUCGAAACAUAAUGGCUUGUAAAAAGGAACUUAAAGAGAACAGUGAGGUAGAGAGAUGUGCUCAUCCUCUCUCAACCACAGGCUGGGACCUGUGGCUGGAUCUCCAUCGUGUUUGUCAGUUUGUCGGAGUUUAGGGUUUUUAAUAAAGAUAUUGUUAUGUAGAAAAAUAAAAACUUAAGAAAAAACAACAAAAAAACAGACAAAAACAAAAAGAUAAAAUUCAUCUCUGCUUUUGAGGCAUGCGAGUGGAUCCAUUGGACUGUCGGUCCGGACUGAAAUAGCUCUAUAACUAUUGGAUGUAUUGCCAUGAAACUUAGCACAGUCAUCGAGGGCCCCCCAGAGGAUGAAGUCAAAAGUUAUUCUGAUUUUUCAUGUCGGUCCGUUAACCAGUCAGCAACACUUUAUAACAGGAUACCUCUAAACUAAUGACAGCAUCAAUCUCAGCUCUACUUUGAUAUAAAUCCUAUCACAACAUUACACUUACAUGAUAAGUGUUAGCAUACUGCGCUAACAAGUCUGACAGGGAACAACAUGGCCUUUCCUCGGCGGCUCCCCUCAUGCCAAACAUUCGCCCCACUUGUGGUAAAGAUCUAACAGCAGCAAACGUAUCUCUACUUUUCAACUAUUAAAAUAUCUUUUCUAGCGCGUGCUAUAAACUUUUAAUCUUACAUUUUUGCAUCUAUGAGCCAUGUUCUGUCAGCAUCUCAGACUGAACUCAUACCAUGACUUGCAUGAAGCCAGCUCCCUAUCGUCAUGUUCUGAAGACUUGAUGGUUGCAAUACUAGAAAUAUUACUACCAAUACAGAAUUUUAGUACAUUUAGUAUAAAGUACAAUUACAUCUUUGUAUUUAAAAUAAAUCAGCAUGAAUCUGGCUGGUUAUAGCGGACAGUUAAUCACAUGCAUGAGACCAUACAGCUCACAGCAUCCCACAUUUACACACUCAUGUCAGAUUGGCUCCAGAAAGCCAGCAGUGCUGCUUACAUUUCUUUACUUUAAAAACAAAAUUUCUUCCUAUGGAAGACUAAUUAAAAGCGUGAUAGUAAAUAAAGGCAAGACGUUGUGCAUGUCAUCAGCUCGCUGCACAUUCAAGACAUCCCUGUAACAAUAUCUGCUGCAUAUGGUGGAUGCUGAUAACAUAUACACUUGUAUCCAUGUAUUAUACACACAGUAGGCUAACUGCAGAGAGAGUUAAGGGCUAUAUUUUAUGUCCACUGCUCUGUCUUUGACAUUGAAAGUGAUGCUCCACUUUAAGUAUCAAACACUCACUCACUGGAAACUUGUAAGGUGGCUGCAAAAGUGUGUUCCCUCUUCAUCAGUAGAAACCUGACGGUGGAAAUUGAGUUUGCUAAGCUAGAUUACAAAAAUGACACACUGAGCGAAUGGAUAGAAAGCAGAGUUUGCACUUCAGGAAUUGUUUGAUGCAUUGGAUGGAUAUGGACAUUAGACAUGUAAUAUAAUUGGUCCUUUCAAAGUCCCGCCUCUUUUCCCUUUGUGCUCUAAUAACAGUUGAGCAAGAUUAAAACACGGCAGAACCUCGGUCACCUUAACCCCUUUCCUGUUAUACUUCAUCACACUAUGUGCUUGUUAAAAAUGUUAAAAAGAAAACUACAAUUUGAAGAUGGUUAAAUCGUGUUGCUGAGGGACGGUCAUAGUCUUCACAGCCACAUUAGCUACACUUGGCAAAAUGCUAGCUAACUAUGUUUGCUAACUAACACAUAGCCACAUCAAGAGGAGUUAGCCUAUUGUCAGAUCACCAAUUUCAGGACAGGACAGUUAGGAAUUAUUGUUAACCAAAUUGAGGCUAGCGUUCCUUUGUUUUUAUUAUCUCUGUAAGGCUACAUCUGUGUCCACAAGUAGCUAACUUUCUACUGUAAAGAGAGACCAACUUUAGGUCAGCACUAAGGUCUGAAGUCAGUGAUAAAUACGUAGAGUGCAGGAGCAAUGUUGAAUGAUAGUCUUGUCGUCCUCAGUCUCUACUUCUUCCUGUUAUGUUAAGACUGGACACUUCAAUUGCCUUUUUUAUAAAAGUUAACAUCGUGAAUAUAUCCUUCCAUCACAUACUGUAGUCCUUGUUGUCGGCUUCUUGACGAUAUAUUGCCUGACGCCUAGAAACUAUCUUGAUAUACGCUGCAGCACCCUGCUAAACAGAACCAGCAUCACUGUUUCCUUUUUGUCAAGCUUGUCUUGUAUCCAACAGCAUCUACUGCUCAAUUGAUGAAAUUCAAGCUGACCACAGUCGUUGCAAGAAGAAGACAAACUUUUAACAGCCACCAGAGACAGUGUUUGAUCCUUCAAGGACAGAUUUAGGAUGGAGUAUCACUUUAAAGCAAAGACACCAACACACAUACAGCUGGUUGUCAAUGUCAAUAUAACUGUGUACUCUGCCUGCAGCCUGCCUUUCAUAAAUUGUGUGGUUCAAUAUUAAGGAUUUCAAAGAGUGUGUGUCCCAAUGUUUUGUCAGACUGCUUAUAAACACAUAUGGGACACAAUGUCAACAGAAUGUUCAAAUAAAUGUAACGUUACUCCUCCUCCCUGACAAAAUUAAGCAAUUAUUUAUCAAGCCUCUGGUUGCAGCACUGCAUCAUGUGACACUUCAUGACAUCGCAUUCAGCUUGUCCAUUGAUAAGUAAUGGUUUUAUUCAUGUAGAACAAAAUCACAAGUCUGAAGUUGCUCAGCUCCUAAAAGCCAUUGUCUGUUGAGAUACUUGUAAUGUUACAAAUGCAUAUGAAUACCUGUGAUCCAUACUGUUUUAUGAUGAGCUCAAAUGUGAUAUGAGAAAAUGGUCUGAAGAGAUAUUAUUUGAUGGGCGGUUACUAGUAUUCUGUGGGAUGGAUUUAUAGUACUGUAGGUGAGAACUGCAAAACAUGGCCCAAAUAGACUUUUGUGCCAAUUUGCAGAUAGAUUAUAUGUUGUCAAAAACAUGGGCCACAUGGGUUUAUACGCCUCUGAAUACUCAGCGGUAUUUCUUCUUUUUAUAUUUGCUUUCAGGGUUUGUUUUUAUUUUCUCUAGAUAGCUACUGAGGCUAAAACUGAAUGUUGUGUAAAGAACAAAAAUUAAUGCAAUGCAAUACUAUGGUUAUUGAUUCUUUUUAAGACUUUUCAUCACAUCUGUGUUGGUUAUUUGAAAAGAUAAAAAAAAGAAGAAAGGUUUAAUUUUAGCUCGUGUUUAUCUCGUCAAAUCUGAUUUGACUCGGCAGACGUAGACUUUAAAAGGUGAUAAUAAUAUUAGAGGUUGGAUUCUAUCUGUAUAUAUGAGAUGUACAUUUCUAGCGUGUGCAUAAAAAUCAAAAGAUUUAGUUAUAAAGAUGUAUGGUUUUUGGAUUAUCAAAGGGCUGGUGUGUCUUUUUCUACUAUUUUGGUACUGUGUUACAAUCAGUUGUCUGUCUACUUUUGAUUUGUACGGUCUGUUGGAUUUAUUUGUACUUUCACUUUUGCUAUGGAGUCGCAUUAGCUUGGAUCUUAUUUGGGCAUGAAUCCUGGGCAUUUAUUUCACACAUUGAAUCAGUUAUUGUGAAGUAUGAUUGAAUUUGUUUAUUUUUGGGGUAAACACAACGCAGCACAUGUCUACUUUAGAGUUUUGAAGAAAGUUGAGUCCUGAGUGGAAACAUUUUGUCUCUUAAAGUAGACCUCUCAGCUUUUUUUUUAUGCUUCUCUUUUGUCUCAAUGCUUUGUGUAAUAUUAAGGACUUGACACAAGAAGGGAAUUCAACUGGUGUAGUAUAUUUGGCGCCUCCUCUCAGCGAAUCCAGAAUCUGAGCACCAUUAGACAAUCUUGUUACUUUUCCGUUUGAUCAUCCGAUGUACAUAUUUUACUUUCUUUGUCUGAAACUUUUUAAACGAUCAUUUACAUCCAUGUGGAAUUAAAAUGUAAUUGGCGAAAAGAAUGUGUAUUGCUGCUCGAUAUCAGCUGUCUGUUGUAGAAGUGCGACUAUAUUGCUGCUAGGGGCAAAAUGAUGCAGUCUCAGCUCAGUCAUAACUGUGCACCUUGAUACAGAAAAUGAAUCAACUCAAUGACGUGCAAAGUGUAAAUACUACUAUUGCUUGUCUUCUACGCUACAGUUUUGCCUUUAACCUGACACAGCUAUGUCAAAGCAAUGGCUUUUAUGCUGAAACCUCUAUGCUCUUAUACAGGUACAACAUAUACCGACUUUUGACAGUUAUCAUUGGCCUCUUAUUCACAUCAUGUAUUUUAAACAAACUAUCGAAUGGCAUUUAGAUCGAGUCAGCCACUGAGUAAAUGAAACCUCAUGUGGAUGUUGUUUCCUCAGGGAAAUGUGUCUAUUUGUAAUGAAUUCAGAAAAUAAUAAAAGUUGAUACCCAAACUGAAUGAAAAUAUAGUGUUGGUAAAACUUUUUAUUGCAGUCCAUCUGUACUGUAUGUCAGCUCCUUCAGUACACUUUAUCUGGUGGGCUUUUUAUUUGCAGCUCCUACACCUCAGCAAGAGGCCAAUGUGGGAUAUAUUUUUUGUUUUUAUUGGCAGAGAUGUACUUUUUUUUUUUUUUUUUUGAAAAUUUUUGUACUUUAUAAUUUAUUUUUUAUUUAUUUUCAUUUCUUUCUCCCUAAGGAUUGUAUUUCAGAUUUAUCUUGAUUUCUUUCUUUUCAAUAAAUGUUCUCAAAAUGGCA